UUAUGAAAUAUAUAUUAGCUAUUGAUUGAAUAGGAGAUGGCAUAAGUAAACUAAAUACUGAUUUGUAAAAUGAAAUAUAUGAAUUCUAAUACUUGGCCACAUCAUACAUGAGCACAUCUAUGUUGAGAUUAUGCACAUGGAUUGUGUUGUUUACUAAACUAAGAUUUUAUCAAAACAUGAGCACUUCUAUGUUGUUUACUUUGGAAGCCUUUGGGUCAAGAAUGAAAGGAUGUUUAGGGCAUAUGGAUAUUGUGUUAUAAGUUUCCUUUUGAAAAGGUCUUUUAGGUAAGUGUUGUUACGAAAUUAAGAUGAAGAUUGACACUAUGUCUAGUUGAUGUGUGUGAAUCCUCCAAGCCCUCUGCAUCGUAUUGGUAUCAGAGCUAGCAAUUGGAUCCCUUGGUUGGUGGGAGAUUGCAGAUUGAAGGUUGAGUAAAGAGUUGGUGUCAAGAUGCCUCCUAAAAAUGCAGGUACUGCAAGAGAGUUGCAGGAGUUAAGAGAAAAGAAUGCAAAGUUGCAAGAAUCCUACAAUGCCCUUUUGGCAAGGCUUGAAGCCUUGGAGUCAAACCAAAGAAGAAAUGUUGACAUAGGAGAUGUCAGUGAUGAAGAAGUAGAGGAAGACUUCCAAGAGGCAGAAGAUGAGGAACCGUUGGAUCCUAAGGAGCAGAGGACCAUCAGACUUCUGAAGGCAGUUGGAAGUGAUCAGUACAAGUUGAACAUGUACCUGAAGAAUAGAAGUUCAAGUUCACAAAGACCAAACUCAAGGGGCAUGCACUCAUGAGCAAGCUGAGAGAAGGAAGAAGGGCGAAGCCAAAGUCACAUCUUGGAACAGGAUGGUGGCUAAAC